GUAUAGAGAAAGGUGGAGUUUUCUACAUGAAAGGGGGACGCCAGCCGCAUCCAUGGCAUCCGAUACGACAAGGUGUGAUACCAUUGACAAACGUUGGCCCUCGUGCCAUACCCACACUGUCAAAAGGUGGUCCUGGUUGUUGUUGCAUGCCGGGCACCACACCACCAUGCACGGGCGACUACCAAGGGACCGUCAACCGCUACUUGAUGGAUUUUUAUCGCUGGAGGGUAGCUAUCCCAUCUGAUCGUAAGAUUGCAACUAUUAUCGGCCUCAUGCUAAUCGUAUCGAGUUGUGUUGACUCUUUGUCCAUUUUCGGGAGCCAGUAAGAUAGAAUAUGUAGAAAUGUGUAGCUUUUUUGUCCAUUGCUGGAGGCUAAAUGAGAUAGUAAAUCUGCCCAUUUGUCCAUCGUUGGGAGCUAUGUAGAUAUAAUAAGAUCAGUUUGUUGUUCGUUAAUGGGAGCCAUACAGCAAAAUAAGCUCUUCAACCAUUGCUUGGAGCCAAAAUAUGUAGCAAUAAACAUCAUUGUAAAGG